CUUUGUCAUUAUUAAUAAAAUGCGCUUUGAUACUUAUAUAACUAGUUUAUUGUUUUGAUACGGUAUCAAAAGUGAACUUUUGAUACCGUCGCUUACAUGGUCUAUACACUUAAAAUUGAGUACAGACAUAAAAAUCAGCUCACAAUGUGUAGAGUUAGACAGUUGGCAGCGAUUUUGACAGCCUAGACUGUGCAGUAGGGCUAAGAUGUUCGGCUCUUUAUCAUUUGUCACCAUGCCUGUUACGUUCUAACAAGUAUGUAAGCGCGAAAGUGACGGGCAUAGUGACAAGCGAUAAAAAUGGAACCAUGCUGCCACUGCAGGUGUUAUUUCAAACUUCUAUGAAAUUAUGACGUUUACUUAAAUAGGCUGCUAACUUGCAUAGGCUGGGCUAUCAAAAUCGCUGCCAACUUAGCUUGGGCUCACUUUAUCUGUAAUGUUUUCUGAGUAAGUGAUGAUAUAAAUAUAUAUCUAUAAGGUGUAUUUAGCGGCACGGCAUAGGUCUGAGAGGGCCUUCACUCUGUUGAGCCGAUAGUUCGUUAUAGAUGAUAGUUUAAUGAAAAUUAAACAAAUAAGAAACCUCGUAACAUACGUUAAAUUGUACACUCUGGCAACAUUUAAAUCAGUGGUACUAUUUGAGUCCUUUAUAUAAACGCAAAAAGUAGAUCUUUCAGCAAAUUAUUGUUUUUUAUUUUCAGUCGUUUUUCAGUUGCUAAGCAACUGUAAUCACGAUUUUACGUAGUAUUGUUUAUUUUAUACUACCGUGAUUCGACUUUUUCGCUUUAUUUUCUAUAAAAAUAUAAUUUUAAUGUGUUAAUAAUGUCACAACAAACAAUAGCAUUUUUGGAAAGAAAGUCCGACACUGAACAGUUAGAGCCUGUUUUAGAACUAGACGAAAAAGUUAGUGUAUUGUUUGACCGACCGCAAGAAGAAGGUGAAUUCGAAGAAAUUUCACCCCGUAUAUUUACACUCAAAGAUGUGAAGGAACCGUUGACUUUGCCGUCUUUGAAUAACGCCAUCUAUGAGUUAGGUGUGAUAAACUUAUGCUGGCCUGAGAUAACCGAGCCUGUGUUUGAAACACGAACGUGCUUUCCUCCAAGUUACUACACCAAUUCCACAAAGGAACGGCUGUUACUGGCUUAUGCGGAGAAUUUCAGGCGCCAAUACAAUUUCCACUAUAAAUUUAAGAGACCUCUUCUAUUUCAAGCACCGAAUGAAUGUGGGUUGCAGAAAAUGGUGUGUACUACCAUCCGACCAACAAAACUUUGCUACCCGAACACCAACACAUGGGAAGGCGUCGCUUCGCUGGUGUCCGACUUUUUUGACUACGAGCCUCUCUCGAAGCCUAUGUUAUUGCCGGAACGCAUAAUGUCCCCGUACACGGCGCUGAUCCGUCGGAAGGCGAACCCGUUCGAGCUCGCGCACGUCACGGUGUCGUGGCUGAUCGGCGCCGGAUAUGACGCGUACGUGGUCGUGGGCUGCGCCUUGCGGGACGUGUGUAUGGCCAUCCGGUACCGGACCCUGUGUCCGGAACUGCCAGAUGAGAAUCCGAAAGUAGAAAAGCCACCCCCGUCCGACGAGGUUCCUCGUUACCGAUUGGUGCCGCUGCCCGACCUCACGUCCAAGUACGUCAUCGCGAUGGAGGAGAAGGAAAGAGCCUUACGGCAAGCGGAGAUUGACAAAAUCGAGAACAAACGGCUGGCCAAGAUUGCCGAACUCGAGAAGCCCCCGCCAGAUGACAUCACCGACUGGCGCACUCACGCGUGGGUGCUGGUCCUGCCAGGGUUCAAGGACAUCGAGGAACCCUUCUUCAUAGAGCCCAGCGACGGCACCGGGUACCCGCUCGACGCGCCACAGUACCGGGGAUUGGAUAGUGUUUACAAUCAUGAAAAUUACUAUGUGAAUCUCCAAGAUUGCAAAGAGGGUCUCGGAGCAUUAAACUACGAUCUAUGUGAACUGACCUGUUGGGAGCACCUGCUAGCCGGAGAGCCGUCCUACCGACGAGCCUUAACCGGGAUCGACCAGGAGGACCCGCGAACUGCCGUCGACACGGAGAAGCAUCUCGACAUGCCGCCCAGCUGGGUUGAGAAACUGGAUAUCACGCCUGAUGAAUUCGAGCGGCGGUUCCCUGGCAGCCACAGAGUGAUUCACUACAAGAAGGUGCUCCUGGAGAAGUUUGCGCCCUACUUCGAGCGCGAUGGAGUCGUGAAGAGAAUCAUGCUCUAUGAUGAUUACGCCUUGACAAAGCCUUUGAUUACCUACGAGUGGUUUAAACAUCGUGCCGACUUGAUGGAGUACGUUAAGAUAGACUACGUCAAAAAAAUCACAUAUGAAAAGUUUGGCAUCGGAAGAAGAGACCAUUUAAUCUAUCAUGAGUACUCGUUUGACGCCCCGCCGACCUCAAUAGAAUCCAGCCGCACCUUGGAGUUCAACUACUACGCGCGCUUGGACCACCUCACCAAAAUCGUCUGCACUCCCCUGACGUUUUUCGAGUACUAUACUAAAAGAGAAGAUUAUCUAGAAUCUCGUCAAACAGUAUACACGGAAGGCACUAAAGCGGAACCUAAGCGUCAAUUAAAGACGAUCACAGACGAUUAUGGUCGCGACUACAACGUUCCAGCGGAGAACGAUAUCUGGAGAAGGAUCUUCCAGGUCCCGGAAAACACCAUCGAACUCCUUUACCAUUACGCGUACAACUUCGUCACGAAUAACAUGAGGAAAUACCUUAAGUCCAACUUGGCUGAGACGGGUGGCAAGAUCUUGUUCUAUCCGGAGAAGACAUCAGGAUACAUAGCGGAUCCUAUUGCCAAACCGCCCCGCGCCCUCAACGUUUACCUGACGCUCUGCGAUAACAUGGAAUACGAGAACAAGGCGCGCAAGGGCAUCAGGGACCGGGAGGCGGACAUCAUCACGUACCUGCAGCAGCGGCACAAAGAGCUGAUAGAGCCAGAGCUGGUGGUGGCGCUCUUUGACACGGAGAGGAACGAUGUCGCUAGGAAGGGAUGGAUGGAACAAGAAGCUAGAAAAGCUGAAGUAUCAGAACGCGAAAAGGAGGCGGAAAUAGACCCCCUAGCUCCGUACUUGGCUCGCAUGUUCGGCUCCGGCCACGGCAGUGGAGCGCCACUGACCAUCAAAGAAGCCACGCUCAUAAGGGAGCAGUGUAUUAAUGACUUCAAGGCGAAGCAGCUCCAGCGUCAACUUUUGGUUCAUGAACGCUUUGAAACGAUGAACACGGAAUACAAGAACAAGAGAUUAUGGUACUUGGCGAAUCAGUACAUUCUUACUCCAGAAAAAGAAGCCAAGUAUUUCGCGUCUAGCGCCGAGCUAGCGUUCCAACUGCACACCCUAGAGGUGCGGCUGACCCGUCACCACGAUCUCUCCGCGCCGCGAUACAAGGCGCUCAUGGACUACCUGGACAAGCAUCCCCUGCUCAAGGAAUUCAACCGCAUCAGACACCAUCACGGAAUCAAGUAGUCCCACUAGCCAAGUCAAACCAAGCAACCAAGUGGUAGGCUAAUACUGUUUAACUUGACUACUUGGACUUGGUUGGUUGCUGCUACAUAUAGCAGUUGUAGCAGGCUUUUGCCGUCCGUUUGUUUAGACAACGUUUAUGUCAAAUUGUUACUUAUAUUCCACCUACCUAUAAACGCUAAAUUCCUGCUUUGGAAAUUAAUUACC